CCCGGGAGCGGCGGUACCGCCAUGUCCCGCGGGCCGGGCCCGGCCGGGCCCCUGCGCUCCCCUCAGGGCCUGGACCUCGAUGCGGAGCGGGAGAAGAUCCGCCGCGAGAUCGAGCAGCUGGAGCGCAGCCUGCAGCCCGGCGGGACCGACAUCCAGCUGGCCUUGUCCGACUCCAGCCUCAGCUCCGAUGGUGAUGAUGAAGAUGAUGAUGAUGAAGAUUCUUAUGCUGAAAUGGAAGUGGAAGUGGAAGAAGACAGCAGUGAUGAUGAUGAUGAUGAUGAUGAUGAUAUUGAAAGCCUGCCCCAGGAUCCAGAAACCUGCCUGCAGAUGAACCAUGUGUACCAGGACGUUAUCAAGGAAAAGAUUGAGGAGGUGGAGCUGCUCAUUGCACAGAACAGAGCCCAGCAGAAGGAAAUCAUGGAUGAGCGUGACGGUUCAAAAACAACCAAGGCAGGAGAUGGCAGAAAUCUACCAGCAAAUGUGUUUUUGGGUCAUUUUAUGAAGCCAUACUUUAAGGAUAAAAUAACUGGAAUUGGCCCUCCUCCCAAUGAAGAGGCCAAGGAAAAGGCAGCUCAGGGCAUCAAAUCCUUUGAACAGCUGCAUUCAUCCAAGUGGAAAGCUGCAGAGAAGACGCUGCUGCAGAAAUCCGUGGUGAGCGACCGCCUGCAGCGCCUGCUCCAGCCAAAGCUGCUCAAGUUGAGUUAUUGGAAUCAGAAACUGGAGAAAAUCAAGACUGAAACAGAAAAAGAGACCUUGGAAAAGCAAAUCAAAGAUUUGGAGCAAGAAAUAGAGGCAAUUAACCAACUCCCAGAAAGUGACUUAAUAGGAAACAGAUUUGAUGAGCAUGACUGGGACAAGAUUUCAAACAUCCAUUUUGAUGGACAACGUAGCUCAGAAGAACUGAGGAAGUUUUGGCAAAACUGGGAGCAUCCAAGCAUCAACAAAGAGGAAUGGACUGAGGAGGAGCUGGACAGGCUGAAGCAGAUUGCUGCUGAGCACGACUGCCUGGACUGGCAGAGCAUUGCCCAGGAGCUGGGGACAAACAGGACACCUUUCCAGUGCUUGCAGAAAUACCAACUCUAUAACAAAGAUUUAAAAAGGAAAGAAUGGACCAAGGAUGAGGAUCAGAUGCUUUUAGAACUUGUUCAGGAGAUGAGAGUGGGAAGCCAUAUCCCAUACAAGAAAAUUGCUUAUUACAUGGAAGGAAGAGAUUCUGCUCAGCUGAUUUACCGCUGGACAAAGAGUGUGGACCCCAGCUUGAAGAAAGGACCCUGGACACCAGAGGAAGAUGCUAUGCUGCUGGCUGCAGUUAAGAAGUACAAGGAGAAGGACUGGUACAAAAUCCGGAGGGAAGUGCCGGGCAGGAGCGACGCCCAGUGCCGGGACCGGUAUUUAAAAGCAUUGCACUGGGAUGUAAAGAAAGGCAAGUGGAGCUUGGAGGAAGAGGAGCAGCUGAUUGAACUGGUUCAAAAGCAUGGCCUAGGUCGCUGGAGUAAAAUAGCUUCAGAGCUGCCCCAUCGGACUGGUGCCCAAUGCCUGAGCAAGUGGACAGUCAUGAUUGGCUCUAAGAAGAAAAGAUCUGGGGCAAUCAAACGGCGCCACGCUGAGGAGAGCUCCAGCCCCUCAGAGAGCAGCAGUGAGGAGGACCUGGAGCUGGAGCUGGAGCUGGCAAACAACUCAGAGGAGGAGAAGGUGACCACGAGAAAGGAGAAGUUUGCAGUCCCCAGCAUUGACCUGUGGAUACCAACAGGGACAGACAAACAGGAGGCAACCAGAGAGAGACACCAGAUCCAAUCCCUCCUCUCUGCUGCCAGGGCUGGCACAGGGAGCAGCUGCAGUGAGGUUCCAAGGGCAGGGUGUGAUGGAGACAGAGCUGCUGAUAAAUCAUCUGAGCUGAACACCGUGCUCAUGGGCAUUGGAAAUGCCUGUUCCACAGAUGUGCUGGUGAAGAAUCCAGCAGAAGUGAUGGCCAAGGCUUCCCAGUGUGGGAAACACGUGCUGCGGGUUAGCCUGGAGGAGGUGAGGAGAAUACUGAAGACCAACACGCGCUUCCAGAGGAAACUGAUGCCGAGACCUGCCAGGCUUUUAGCCAUGCCCCCUGGAGUGGGUGCAGCUGUUGGCCAGGAUGCCCAGGGGCUGCAGGAGCUGCCCAGGAGAGCUUGGCGCUGGCACAAGGAGCACUGGAGGAGGCUGAGCCUGGACAGGAAGCUGCUGAUGGCAGUGACCCCUUGGGUGGGCAAUGUGCUGCUGCCCCGCACCCUGCGGGCUGGCAGGAUGGCUUUCCACCACACAAAAGCUGCUGCUAUUCACGAGAAGGUUAAGUCAGUGAGUCUCACCAGCACUCCCCUGUUUGCACUGCUUAUUCAGCUCCUCCAGAUUGAUACCAAGGGCUGUAUGAGGAUUAUUAAGGAGAGGAACCUGAGGCAGUUGGAGCUGCUUAAGGCUAAUGCAAAGAGCCCUCAGCAGGCUUCCCAAAAUACAGAGACUUCUUCAGGCAACUCAUCCCAGGCUUGUUCUCAGAGGAAUUCCCAACAGGGCAACCCCAAGAGUGCUGUCAGGAGAGCUCCUGCCUUGAGAGCACGGGCCAGCCCCACUGGUGCCUUGGAGAGCUGUGCCCCAGCUGUGCAGGGAGCUCCCCCAGCCCAGGGCCAAAGGUACAAGGUGAAAACUGUCUCAGAAUUGCUGCAAGAGAAGCGUUGGAGGAGGAUCCAGGCCAGGGCAGCCAUGCAGAGGACAGUGCUGGUUGCCCCACAGGUGCUAGUUUCAGGGCCUUUGAUAAUCCAGCACCCAGCACAGCAAAUCAUUCCCUCUGCACAAGCAGGGAGCACACCUGCAGCAGCUGCUGGGACAGACAGCCAAGUACAGGGUUCACCAGUGCCCACAAGGACUUCAGCUGCAGGUUCUGCUCCUGCUCCUGUGCCUGAAAACCAUUCCUCUGCAGUGCCAGAAACUGGGGAGAGCCCUGGCUGCUCACAAGGGACAGAUCUACAGUCAAGUAAGGACCUAAAAAAGGGAGCUCUGGGAAGCAGCCCUGAAGGAAAGGUUUCUCCAGGUGUGAGUCCAGCUGCAGCAGAGAAGGCCCCAGACCAGGGAGGGUGCAAUGGUCAGGUCACAGCCAGUAGCUCAGCUUCAGCAGUGUUGCACAGCCAGGCUUUUGUGCCUCACCAGGUCACAGUGGUGGCUCUUGGCCUGGAGUCUGGCACCAAUCAAUUGUCCCUUUCCACACCAGUCACCAGUGAGCUGGAGAGUAACAGACCACAGCAGAGGCCAGUCAGCCUGCUGCCUGCUCUGGUCACGCCACAAGCUGCUUCUCCUGUGAUUCCCAGCAGCAUCCUGCCCUUCAAGUGGGUUGUAACCCCCCAAGGUCUGCUCCCCAGCCCUGUGCAGACUCUGGUGGGUGUUCCCCAGGGAAUGCCAGCUGCUCCUGGGGGAAGCCAGGCUCAGACAGCUGUGACUUCCAAUGGCAAUGUCUCUGCUUUGGGAGGGACUCCUGUACCAGCUGAAGCAAAUCCACCUCACCCCAGCAGUGCAGAGACAAAAGGGCCGAGUUCCCAGCUGGCAAGAGUUCCUUUGGGAAAGGCAGCUGGCCAGUCCACAAAUCUCUUACCUGUGACCCCAGUGAGUGCUGGAUGCACCACAUCCAGCGUUUCUGCUGUAACCCCUGCGUGUUCAGAUGGCUCCUCCACGGCUCCAGACUCCUCUGCAGCUCCAGCUGCCAGCCCAGCCCUGUGGGCCUUGCUGCUGCCCCAGACACAGCCCCCUGCCAGCACUCAGGGCUCUGACUCCCAGCCUGUGCCCAGUCCCACCAGCUUGGGAAGGAGCAGUGACUCCAUCACAACAAAUGGAUCAUCCUCCAACCCAGGCAGCAGCAGGAGAGGGGCUGUGCUCUGGCCAGGAGCUGCAGCUCUUCCCAGCAGUGUCCCAGGGAGCUCUGCCUGCUCUGGUGCCCAGGCACUGAGGAACAGACCCAUUGCCUCCAAACCACCGAGCACUGAUGUCCCCCCCCAGCCAAGCACCUCCCAUGCACAGAAGAAUCUCCUUGACUUCAGCCUGAUCUCCCUGGAGGACCAGGGGCUGGUGAAAGAGUGGCUGAGUGGCAAGCAAGGGGUUCAGGUGCCACCAUUGCAGACCAGGCUGCCUUAUCUGCCACCUUUCCUCUGCAGCAUCAAAACUCUCUCAAGGCUCCUUCUGCAGAAAGCAGCUCUGGAGGUGCAAGCAGCCUCUCUCCUGACCUCUGAGGCCAGCGGGGAUGGGGGCACUGGGGAUCUUUUCCAUGCUAUUGGAGAACUGGUGCAGCAGAAACUGGGUGAUAACCCUGCUUACCUCCUGCUGAAAGCCAGAUUCCUGGCAGCCUUCACACUCCCAGCUGUCCUGGCAACUCUGUCUCCUCCCAGAGUGACAACAACUGUGUCAGCCGGGAAGCAGCUUGAGGAGAGUGAUGACGAGGAGUGGCAGAGUGAGAACGAAGUGUUUAAGGAAGAGAGCUGUGGGAAUGAAUUAACAGGAGUACAGGAAGACUGGAGACUUGGGGAUGAGCCUGGAGACGAAGAUGCUGAUUUACUAAAUCAGGACAUGGGGGCUGAGGAGGGCCCUGCUCAGCCUGCCUUGGGCUCCUGCACUGAUGGGGCUGAUGCCAGAGCUCCCCAAAGCAGGAGAAGUGCCCGCUUCAGGAAGAGGAGGAGGACAUGAGAAGGAGAUGUGUUAGUAGCUCCUCAGUGGUUUGUACUUCUUGCUGAGAAGCUGAACCACGUUUGUCUGUGGUUCAGCUCAGACAGUGACUCAUGACCCCAGGAAAGGACUGAAAUGAUCUCUGCUCUUGUUCCCCGAGGACACAGAGUUCUACAGUCACCAUCAAGCACAGCCUAAGGCUGAUAAUAUUUUGGGAAGAGGGAAAGUUGAUGUCUCUACAAUAAAAUUAUAUAUAAACUCAUGAAAUUCAAACAUUUGGCAGCCUUUUAGUUCAUGCCCUGAACCCUACUUAGUAUGCACCUAGUUGGUAGCACUCUACAGGCUUGACAGUGGAGUUUUUCUUUAAUACUUCACCUUUGAGCAACUUGGUGGGGUUUGGGGUUUAUUUCCCCCAUUUGGCUUCAUUUCUGUGCAGUUAUAACAGGUCACCUUCUGCAGGGUACAAAUGGCUGAUGUCCUCAUACCUGCUGAGGCUUUUGGUGCUCUGGAUGGAAUGAACAUGAGCAGUGUUUGAUUGACAUGGUGGUCAGAUGAGACUGGUUGGAGAUUUUUUCUUUUCUUGAAAAUUUAUUUUAGGAACUCCAAAAGGGCAAGUUCCCUGUAAAAAUGUGUGACUGAUAGGAGCUGUUUGUGCUUUGUUACAGGGGUCAUGGAAUGAGCUCUGCCUUCCUGCAUGGCAGGAGGAGAUAAUCUUUGCACUGUUCACCUUUACCACUUCCAAUGCUGACUGGAUGGAGCUGGGGAAGAGGAAAAUGCUGGAUUGAUUUUCCCAUCCCUCAGCAAAAUCCACAUCUGUAGGCAAGGUUUAAAAAUGAUGGAAACUGGCUGGAGGGAAAUCUUGCAGGCACAGACUCCUGCUCUUUCAAACUCCCACCUGCCAUAGAUUCUGAGGGGGAAUAUUGCUAGAAAUGUGGGGAAACAAGCAAUGGUGGUUAUUUAUUUCCUUCUUGUGUUGUUUAUGUGAAUGCUUAUCCAUGUUCAGAAUAUGUUAAUUGGGUGGUUUUUAGUGCUGUGACAGUGGCUUUGCUUGGUAACUGACUGAAUACUGUGGAAUAAGCAGCAGAUUAAUUUUGUAUCAAAAUGACUCUUAAGUAUUUGUUGAAAUACAGAUGUUUUAUU